UUGUGUGAAAAAACGCUUAUUCAUGAUCAUUACUGCAUUACUGCAUCAGAGCCCGAUGGUACUAAAAUGAGAAAUAAACAAAAAUCUAAUGACAUGCUCCUUCUUUUCAGAAUGUCUGUGAAAGUGUUCGUUUUGCUGCUUUUCUAUGGAUUGGCUUGGGCAGCUAAGAGGAAAGAGAUUAUUCCACCACGCAACCUAACUGAAAACUGCCCUCGACAAUGUUUUUGCAGCAAGACCUUGACCUCUGUGAACUGCGCGGGAAAAGGGUUGACAGAACUUCCACCCGGCAUUCCCACUAAGGUAGUAAAACUUUUCUUGGACCACAACAAGCUGUCCACCAUUCCAUCUUUAAGCUUCAAAGGGCUGAAGAGCUUGGUUUAUCUGGAUCUGAAAUCCAAUGAAAUUUCGUCACUUCCCGAAAAUGCCUUUACUGGGGCAGUGUCUUUGACGAAACUAUUUCUGACCACAAACAUGAUCACGGACAUUGACACAGAAGCCUUCGAGGGUCUUAGCAAUUUGCAGUUUUUGAACCUUGGGGCAAACAAAGUUCACGGGCUGUUUGAUCUGGGCUACGUGCCGAAUCUGCAACAAUUAGUGCUACAAGGAAACCAACUAGUAAGUGUGACAUUUCCAGAAGAGGCGAAAGAUCUGAAAACCCUUUAUGACAUUACGCUGACUUCAAACCACAUCACAAACCUUACUAGUCUGUCUUUCCUUGCGCUCGAGAAUUCACGAGUAAAGCGUUUGGAUUUGGCGAGAAAUGACAUCUCUCACAUUUCGACGGAGUCAUUCGUACCUCUGACUGAGUUGCAGUCUCUGAAGAUAGGCUUCAACCCUCUGAAUACAGAGGCGCUCAUACAAGGCUUCGCUGGGAUCAGAAGCAACACGCUGGCAUCUCUCGAUAUGUCCGGAGUAGCUCUGAGCGGAGAUCUACCAGCUGCCAUAUUCAAAGCAUUUGGAAACGUGAUGUUGAGAAAUUUGAAUUUAAAUCAUAAUAACAUUGGCCAUCUUGACGACGGUAAUUUUCAGUACCUCGGGCGUCUGAUGACGUUGGACCUUAGGACCUGCAAAAUACAGACAGUAUCAGAUCAGGCGUUUAGCGGCUUGAACGUUCUCAACCAACUUCAGCUGCAGGAUAAUCUUCUCAGCAAGGUUCCAAAAAACCUACCCCAAAGUCUCCAAAAGCUUUACUUAGACAGGAAUAACAUUGUGACGCUUCACAAAAGUGAUUUUGAAGGACUGAAGUCCCUAACCGAAUUGCAUCUUGGCUAUAACACCAUCGUAAGAUUGGAGACUCAGAGUUUUGUAGGACUUUCGAAUCUGAAGAAAUUGUAUUUAACGGGAAAUAAAAUCGCCACUCUGCCUGGACUUGUUUUCAAGCCUUUACAAAAGCUGAUAUCUUUGGAAUUAAACAGGAACAAUUUGCAACAAAUUCCUAACGAAAGUGAAGUAUUUUCUGUGAUGUCUUCACUGACGUACCUUAACCUGGCGGACAACUUCUGCAAAUCAAUUCCGUUGAAUCUCUUCACAGGUAUGACAGAACUGUUAUACCUUCACCUGGAAAACAACUAUCUCGGAUCUGUAAUUGAGUCGGACAGUUCCGGACAGCUGUUCAGAGCACUUCCAAAGCUUCAAGAACUCUUCCUUGCCAGCAACGACAUUGGACAAUUACCAGAAAGCAUAUUCCGUACGCUGGCUUCGGUACUGAGUAUUAAACUUCAAGAUAACAAGAUCUCCCAAUGGAAAGAGAACACAUUUAGCAUCACCAAGAAGUUAGAGACCCUUGAUGUGAGCAACAACUUAAUAUCGCUGCUCAAUGAAACUUCUUUAAAAGAUCUGAAGAAACUGAAGAAUCUGAACCUCACAGGGAAUCCGUUCUCGUGCGACUGUGACACGCGGUGGUUCAGAGACUGGCUCAACAGGACACACGUAGGACUUCCCAUGGUCAACAGCUACAAGUGUAACUCUCCUCCCAGCUGGCAAGGAAAACCUCUCCUCCGUUUUAAUAGAACUCUCAUCGACUGCACCAAUAAGACACCUUACUACAUAUCAGGUGGGUUGGGAGCCGGCGUAUUGGUCACUUUCUUCGUUCUGGUCGUCGCUUACCGGUACCGGUGGUUCAUCAAGCUACGUGCACACAAGGCGCGUGUGGCAGUACAGAGGUUAAUGAAAAGACAAGGAUACCAACAGAUCCCGGGUGAUAACCACGAGUUUGACGCGUAUGUGUCCUACACAGAGGCCGACAAAAGAUGGGUUCUGGAUUAUCUCCUGCCCAAAUUCGACAACGGCAGAGUACCAGUUCACGGGAUCGAGUUUCAAGGGAAUUACAAACUUUGCGUGGACGAAAGAGAUUUCAUACCUGGAGAAGCCAGCGUUGGAAAUAUUGACACCUGCAUGAGAAACAGCCGGAAAAUCCUGGUGGUGCUUAGCCGUAGUUACCUAAGAGACAGCAAAUCUGACUUCGAGAUGAGGCACGCCUUCCACAUCGUCAACAUUGAACAAGACGCCGAGGAACUGCUGAUCAUUAAGAAAGGUAGACUGCGCAUAAAGGACAUUCCCAAAGUGGUGCACCCCAUGAUACAGAAGCGAGAAUACCUGGAGUGGCCAGACGAUGAUGAAGACGGGCAGCAGGACUUCGAGACACAGCUGAGCCAGAGACUAGGGGAGCGAAGACAACCAAAUUUCCUCGAGAUCUAACGUCGAAUGCUCAAACUAAUUAAUCAAGAGUUUUACGAUCAAGGUCAAGGAAAAGGACAAAUCGAGAAUUAUCAGGAAUCAUUCCUGAUCCAUUGCUUGUCAUACUUUUUCAGUGGCGGAUUCAAGGUAGGCGCAGUAGGCGGAGUUCAGCGUUGUUCCAAAAAAAAAAAAAAAAGGCCAUAGACCUGCUCAAACCUCCUGUGCGAUAGACGUUUCGCCAGACAUCGCCUCUCCUCAGUCACCAACCCACCCCCCCACUCCCAGAUGUGCCUCUGGAUGUGCACUUUGUCUCUUUGCAACUUCCUACCUUUAUGCCUUUUCCCACCUUCGUGCAUUUACGUCAUCCGUUUCCAAAACAUUUGAAAGUUCCACAGCAUGCUUAAAAGAUAUUUUUAACAUUAUUUUUAUUGAGAAUUUCAUUUUUGGAAAUCUCGUUGACACUUUAGCAAGGUUGUAUAAAUGAGAUUUUAUAUUGUGGGUUACAUUUUAUUUACCAUUAUCACAAAAGCAUGCGUACUAUUCCGUCUAUUUAUGUUUUUUUAUACAGAAUCUCAAGAGUCGAGUUAUGUAAAGUGAGUGUGUUACUUGUUUUGUCAGACAAUAUGAUAUAUACCGCCCUCUACUCCGUGGCUGACCCUGUUAAAUGGGAUAGACUAGACUUUGUUAUUGACAAAUAAGCUAAAGAUGAACAGGCAGGGGUAAAUAUGACUUUACACAUAGAAGAUUAUAGGUUCCACUGGAAAGCCCAGCAUGGGUCAAUGUGCAGAAGGGUCGGCAGAUGGUCGAGAGUGAGGGUGGGCCGAACUGCGAGCUACAUAAAAGGAUUUACACAUGGGCUGGUAUUCACAGUUCGCUGCUGCAUUUGUCGCUGUGUGUUUCUUUAAAGGAGGUUUUAAAACUCAACUACAAAUAAAGAAGAGUAAACUGUUCAACAACUUCUUUUAAUAAUGUGUAAACGGGGAGUAGAUUUCGAAAAAAAAAACCAAGACAACGGAAUCUUGUGACCAUCUGCCAACUAUCACUACGUCGUCGCUGCAUGUUCGUUUGGCUCUCUACUGUCAUAUAUCCUCGGUAUAAUUCGUAAGACAAAACAUCAAAUACUAGCAUUAGACGGAAAAGGAUACCCUAUGCAUUUAACAGCAUACACUGCGCUAAUGCUCAGCCACGAAUAUUUUAGCUUGGCCUAUUUCAUCGGCUGUACCUGUUACAUAACUUCAACCACAGACCAGGCAAGCUCUUGUAUCAUUUCACUAUGAGCAGGUUGGCAAUUGACCCGAGCAACAGGGUGGUGAUUUCUCAUCUGGUUUGGAAAGGGUACAUUUGGCUAUUUUUAUAACUUUUGUAUAUACGUGUACGUGAAUACUCUUUAUACUAAUGCUGAUAAAGUAUUGUGGAAUGUCAGCAUUAGCCAUACGUGUUCAAACUGCUAUAGGCCUAUCUGGCGGCUUUCAACGAUUUGAUUGAUUGAUUGAUUUAUUUAUUUGAUUGGUGUUUUACGCCGUACCCUAGAAUAUUUUACUUAUACGACGGCGGCCAGCAUGAUGGUGGGCGGAAACCGGGUCCGGGGGAAACUCACCACCAUCUGCAGGUUGUUGCCAGACCUUCCCACGCACAGUUCAACGAUUUGAACUGCCACAUGUACAUAUAUGUAAGUACUAUUAAAUGAGCCCAUAGAAUUGCGUAAAAUGUUUGGAUGUAGAUUUGUGUGGUCAUCGUCUGUUGUUUUUUUUCCUUUUGUUUUGUACAUUGAGGGUUUUGUUUUUUUAUAAUUUGGGGAAUUUGUCUCCUUUCGCGUCUUUGUUUAAGUGCUAUUGUUUAUUUUAAAGGGGUUGCAUUUGCUGCUAGACCUGGACUAAUAUAACAGAUUAUAUUGUAACAGUAACAGGUUAGACCUAUGGCUUCUCACAUGGACAUUGUGCAUGGAACUGCUACGAAUUCUACACAUCAUUCACACAAAAUGUAUUUAAGUGCUUUAGUAUUUGUUAAUGUACAUCGUCUUGCUAAUAAAAUCCUAUUUUACACACCAUGAAUCUUAUCUACCAUGUUCAUGUAGCCUCCAUAGGGUAUUCACUGUACAAAGUCAUUAAUAAAUAA